CCUGUUCUUUAUAAAUAUUACGUCGUCUGCUUUACAAUUUUAUCAAUGCAUAUGUUAAUAACAAAUGUAUGUGGUCACGCCAACUGAACUUUCGUAACAUAAAUUAUAAAAAAACCUUAGCUAUAUCAAUAUUAGUCUUUAGGCGUUUGUGUAUAACAUGGAUUGUGUAUGAGAUAUCGUACUGGUUGUCUGUGUAUAACAUCGAUUUUCGUGUGUGAUUUCGAUAUCGUAUUUGAUUUAUUGCAGAUCAUUUGUUUUCUGCAAUGAUAUUUGACUAGUGAAUGUAAAUAUUUCAAAAUACGGCAAGGCGUGUCUUACCCUUGGUGUGUGUAUGAACUAUCUUAUGUUGGGAUUAAUUUAAAAAGACGACAUAUUUGUGGUUUAUAAGCUGCGGCAAUUGAAUAAUUUAUCUGGGAUGUUUAUUUUGAAAGUUCCACAAUGGAUGCAUUCAUGUGUUGGGUAUACAAAUCUACACGCAAUCUAUGACAGGAAGGGACCAUUGAACAAGUCACCUCGUCUUACUUGUUUAUUAUAAAUAGACUUUUAACAAGGAAAUAUAUUAUAAAUGUCUAGCUCAACAUAUACAUAUUUGUGAAAGAAAGAUGUUUGGUCGCUUUAUGAGUGUGUAUAUUCACUACUACUAGAUAUAAAUCACCAAUAUGUUAAAAAUAUGUUGGUUUGCAUAUUUUGUUUAAGUUUCAUCGUACAAGUUUUACAGUGAAAUAGUCAUAUAAACACCGGUGAAUCAUGGUCAGGUCACAUAGAGAAGUAUUUAGUCUCGGCGUGGCCAUUAUAGCAUUAUCUGUUGGUGUUGUUGUCAGUAUGAACUGUGAUAACUCAAGUGUGCCACCUGUAGUGCCGUUUUGUAGUGCCCUGUCAGUUAGUGGAAGGGUUGUUUAUUUGUCUGGGAUAACAUUUGGAACAAAUGGCAUCGAUUGUAAUUGUUACAUUACUAUUACUACAUCUACUCAGUAUCCUGUGGAAAUUAAAAUAAGGAAUGUAACUACUGCUUCCAACAAGUGUGAUUAUUCAUUACAUUCUGUAUAUAAAAAUAAUAAUCAAAGGCUGUAUUCGUGUGGUGAAAAUAUAACUAAAGCGAGUUUUGAUUUGAACGCUAUGGAAACUGUGAAAUUGCAUAUGGAGAUAGGAACUAAUAACAGUGCUGGAUUUCCGUUUUGUCUUGAACUAGUUGGUCAAGGUUCUAAUAUACUAUUAGCAUGCAUGUCCAAGUCAACAACAACAGUGUCAACAACAACUUUAACAUACAUGAAAUUGACAAGCACAAUCAAUUUCAAGUCAACUAUUUCGAACACAAGUACUGGGCGAAAAGAAGGUACGAGGUAUACGACGGCUCCAUCUAACACCAGUAGUGCCAUUCCUUCAACAACUGAAUCACAACCGAAUAAUGGUGAUACUGAUAGAUUGAUUGGUAUAAUAGUUGGAUCUAUUGUUGGUCUUCUGGUCGUAAUUGCUUUAGUUAUUAUAAUUGUCUGCUUGGUGAAAAGACGAAAGACAAAGCCUCCUUAUGAGACUCCACUGGAACCACAAGAUAGGCCACAUGUAAAUGCAGCUGUAACACCCAACAACAACGCAAACGGUCACAACAACCAAAAUACGCAAGUUGGUAACCAUGGAAUGAUCUAUUUAGAAAAUGAUCUUUAUAAAAGUAUUGAUGACGACGAGCCGGUAGGAAGAAAGGGAAGUAACCACGAAGGCAUGAUAUAUCUUGAAAAUGACCUUUAUAUUUCAAGCAAUGAUACUGAUAACGUUCACCAAGAUGCAGAAAACUCAGUUUCUCAUCAACCUGUUGAAUAUGCUGUGGUUAAUAAAACCGCCAAGAAAAGUAGUUCUGGUAAUGGCGCGUCAACGGGUCAUACAGUUUGACCCCUUGGUGACGAAUACACGCUUGUACAAAAGAAAUAGUUAUAAAACAUCAAAUAACUUAGAAAAGAGAAGCGAUAGUAUAUGUUCAAACCAAUUGCAUUUUCAGUUAAUUAUGUCUUUUUAAAUUAUAUUAUAUGCAUGUACAUACAUAUAAAUUCAAAAUCAUUACUUUUAAGUGGUAACUUGCAAUCAGGUCCAGUCAGGAUAUUUUUGUAUAAAUGAAAUAAAACUUCGGAGCUAGAUUCUGAUAACAAAACAGGCUACAAGUGUUUUAGUUAUAUCAUGAAUAAUGACAAUAAUAACCACAAAUCUAAUUGUGAUAUUGAAUUGUGAUACUCAGACGUGAUGUGAUAUUUUCUAAGAAUUUAAAAAAAGUGUUCAUCCCUAUAUAUUAAUGUAUUACCACAAUUAUCACAAGUCUUUUUCUAUGAUUCGCCGUGUCUUACAAUGAGUAUCAAUUUCACGAGCCAAGGUUCGAAAACUGCGAAUGGUAACUAACAGCAACUGAUACAGAAAGCUGAUUAUAAUUAUCAUAUAAAACUGCGGCCAUUGCUCCAUAUAGUGACUGGUGUUGUGGAAGGGGCAGGUUAUACUUAUUUCUAUCAUAGGACAUCCUGAAUAACACCCCUGUCUCAUUUGAGGAGUUCACAUACUAAACAAAUGUGGUGGUUUGGAUGUAUCUUUAAUUCCUUGAAUGACAUUUAGAAGUAGAGGUAUAAUAUUCAUAAUAACACAACUUUAUGGAUUUACUACUUCUUAGUUUAUUACAUGCAACGUUUCAAUACUCUUACAGGUAUCUUUAUCAAGCUGACCUGGUGUGUUAUUAUGAAUGUUAUUAUGAAUAUCUUUAAGUUGCCAUAUUUAUAUAGAAUGAGACAUGGUUAGUUAUUAAUAUUGUCAAUACCUGUACACAUGUGUUUGUUUGAACGCAUCUUGUCGUAUUUACAGAGUUUUGUUAUUAAUAUUGUCAAUACGUAUAACAUGGAAAUAAAGGAUCACUAAAGUCGCCUUAAUCUUUAUCCAAUAUAUUAACCCUUUCAUAGACAACAGCUGAAUGUGAAUAUACAUUGUUUCAUAACUAAAGAUUUAUUCCUCAAACAGUGACAAUUGAACAAGUCACCUCGCCCUACCUGUAUAUUAUAAACAUACCUGUAACAAGGAAGUAUAUUAUUAUUGUAUAAAUAUAAAGCUCAACGUAUAGGUAUUUAUUGCAAGAAGAGUGUCAUAUGGUAUUCGUUAUGUUAUUUCACUACUAGUUUCAUCUCGCAGGCUUUAUACGGGUGCAUCAUGGCCAUGUCGCACACCGCGGUAUUUAGUUUCAUCGCAACCAUUAUGAUAUUACAUAUUGGUACUGUGGUCGGCAUGAACUGCGAUACGUCAAGUAACAAUGUGUCACCUGUAGUGCCGUUUUGUAGUAACCUGGAAACCAGCGGAAGGGUUGUUUAUUUAUCUGGGAUAGAUAACAGAACAAAUGGUAUUGGAUGUAUUUGUUCCAUCACUUUAACUACAUCUAAUCAGGGUCCUGUAAAAAUUGAAAUAAAUAAUGUAACCACUACCUCCAGCUUAUGUGACUAUGCCUUAUAUUCUGAUUAUUCAAAUACAAGUAGCUUACUGUAUUCGUGUGGUGUAAAUUUAAAGAAUACAAUUUUUAAUUUGACCGCUAUGGAAACUGUGAGACUGCAUAUGGAGACAGGAACUAAUAAUGCUGUCGGAUUUCCGUUUUGUCUUGAACUAUAUAGUCAGCGAGGUUCUCAUAUAAGACUAGAGUGUAGACCUACACCACAGUCAACAACAACAACCAAUACGUCACCAACACCAUUAACAUCCAUGAAAUCUUCAAGCACAGACAAUUUCAUGACGACAAUUUUUGACAACCAAAAUAUACCAAUCUUCAAUGAAGAUGCGUCUAAACCACAAACAAACAAUGGUGAUUCUGAUCGAUUGAUUGGUAUAAUAAUUGGUUCAAUUCUAGCUGUUCUGGUCGGGGUAGCUUUAGUUAUUAUAAUUGUCUGUUUGGUGAAAAGACGAAAGAAAGAUGUCAUAUAUGAAACGCCACGACAACCACAGCAGAGUUCACAUAUUUAUAUGGAUUUACAUGUUGAACCCGUAAACACUGGAACGCAGCAAAACAACAUUUAUGUGAACAGCGUGGUGAUUUAAAAAAACAUAUAUUGACUUUUAGUAGAUGGGAAUAAUUGGGACUAAGUCUUCACCAGGAUAAUAUUACAGGUUUCAACAACUUGUCACACAAAAAGUGAUGUACUGCUUUUUAAAUGACUCGCAAAGCAUGUGUUAUCUAUGACAGAAACUAAUGAAAUAUUGUGUAAUCGUGCUGGUUCACAAACUAUUAAACCCUAUAUGUACUCUCAUUACAACGAUGUGUAAAACUGAAUGACGACCUUUCAGAUGCGUUCACAAAAAUGAAAUGAAAUGGGGUUUAACGUCCUACUGUUUUGCUCCGAACUGGGCUAAUGAAGACGGGCAUGCGCCAUACAGUGUGCUAUGAGGGAAAUUUUGCCCGAACAGCGGCACUACGGCCUACUCUUAUAUCGAAUUCCAACUGUCAAGGGAUCUUUUACGUGCACGCCAAUGUGUACACGCGACCUCGGUUUUUUGCCCCAUCCGAACGAAUGUUUUUAAUUAAAAUGUCUCUUCUUUAUUUUAUUUCAAUAUUUUUAAUAAAUGCUUUGUUUGAACCCUA